AUUUCAAUUUGUAAGAUGGCGCCGGUUGUUGUGAAGUGUGUGGUCUCCUACAGUUCGCAGGAUCCUGUCCACAAGCUGGACAACCUGCUGACAGCCCAGGGAGGCAACUGGAAACGCUGGCUGUGUGCCUCUGACGACAGGUCAGGGGUCAUGGAGGCGGAGCUACAGCUGGACAGGGCCUACCACAUCGGAUAUGUCGACAUCGGUAACUGUGGUUCGGCGUACGUGGAGUUGCUUGUCGGACGUUCAUCCUGGCCGCGCUCGCGGGAAUACGUGACACUCCUGCCCGCCACCAUGUUCAUGAACCCCAUGGAGAGCAAAGCGGGCAAGAACAAGAUGGUCGUACGCAUGUUCAAUGAAAGUCUGCUGUCAGAAGAGGGGCGUAGUGAGAUGUGGGACCGUGUGCGGAUCAUCUGUCGUCAGCCCUUCCGCAAAGACCUGCAGUUCGGCCUGUCGUUUCUGAGACUGCGUACACCAGACACAGAGGUUCCUACUCCUAGUCCUCCAAGAGUUGAGGUGCCUUCAGUCACAAAGGUCAGACACAACAGUAGCUCCAGAAAAGAAAGCACUGCUAGUACUAGUACUGCACCUCCCCAGGCAUGUGGCACAGAAACAAAUGAGGCCAUAGAGAGCACAAAAAGCAGACUGCUGAAACUGGCAGGGACGUCAGAAGAUGGUACUUCGGAGCACCUUGGGCGCAGUGCGAGGAUGGUGGUGGCAGCAGCCAGUAGACAGAAGAACAGACACACGAGAGGGGACAGAACAACAGAUACACCCACAGGUGUAGUUAACCAGUUUGAAAUCCUGAAGUUUUUAGGAAGCCUGGAUUUCAGCAAAAUGGACGUGGACACUGUUAUGUACUCAGACCUCAAGAUGCAGUACAAGCAGGUCCUGGGUCGCAAACUGACGGCCGAGGAGAAGCGUGUGUUCUUCCAGACCACCCAACAGUACCUUGAACAGUACUUCUCUCAGAACAAAGACUCGGAGAACAGACAACAGGCAAACGGUCACUCCACCACAUCUCCAGAGAAAGUAGAGGCAGCGGUGACUGAAUCUGUAACGAUACUGAGAGACACGUCAAGUAAAACAAACACACCGCAAAGCACAAGGAAGAGAGGUGGAAAGGGGAAGCAGCCAAUGUUGCCGACGCCCGUAACAACAACAACAUCAACGGUAGAGGUAAACAACGCAAACCAAACAAACACACCGCAAAGCGCAAGAAAGAGAGGUGGAAAGGGAAAGCAGCCGAUGUUGCCAACGCCGGUAACAACAACAACGUCGUCAGUAGAGGUAAACAACGCACACCAAACAAACACACCGCAAAGCACCAGGAAGAGAGGAGGGAAGGGAAAGCAGCCGAGGUUGCCAACGCCCGUGACAACGUCAACUGUAGAGGUAAACAACGUAGACCAAAUGAACACACCGCAAAGCACGAGAAAGAGAGGUGGUAAGGGAAAACAGCCGAGGUUUCCAACGCCCCUCAAAACAUCGUCAACGGUAGAGAUAAACAACGCAGACAGUGCGUUAACAGGCAGACAGCUGAGAGCAUCAUUCCUAGCCAGUGUUGUGGACAGGAGAGGUGGGAACCAGCAGUGUGAACAGGCUGACGUCACAGUCGAGGCAAGCUGUAGCAAUCCAACUCCCAAGAAGAGAGGAAGGAGGGCAACAUCUGCUGCAGGGUCAGCCAAGAAGAGACCCAAGAGAUGUAACAGGAGUAUGUACCCUGUGGGAGACACACAAGUUGAGGAAGAUGAGCCGUCCUGUUCACAGAGUUCCUGUGGCAGUGCAGGGGCUUCAGACACCUUGGCAGAGUGUCCCAUAUGUGAAGGGAAGUACCCAUCUUACAUCAUUGAGGCCCAUGCUUCAGAAUGUACCGGAGAUUCGCCAGACGAUGACUUACCCAGCCCGUCCAAACCGUGUGGUUCAGAGCGAGACGACUACUACAUGCCUCCCACACGACUGGUGGCCUGCCCCCUGUGUGCUCUCAGGUUCCCUCCAUCAGUUAUCCAGGACCACGCCAAUGCUUGUGCAGACAGAGAUGUUAUAUGUGUAUUCUGAGACCAAC